AUGCACCAGGUCGCUGACGCCACUGAGAGCUGCCUGGGGAAGCCGGAUAUGAUACCAUCCAGGAACGGGUUCAGCAUCAGGCCCGCACGGUCAGAACGCGACGUCCAGGCCACAGUCUCCUUGAUCAAAGCCUACUCGACAUCCCUCGGAAUCGACCUGACGUUCCAGGACUUUAAAACUGAAAUGGCGUCGUUUCCAGGCAAAUAUACCCCUCCUGAUGGAGAGAUACUGCUCGCAAUCGACGAUCAAACGGGAGAAGUGCUCGGCUGCAUCUGUCUGCGGCCAUUGGUCCCCAAGAUCUUCUCGCCAGACAACACAGGCGCCCCUAGCCAAGACAGUAACUCUGUCAAUGGCGGAAAACGGUAUUGCGAGAUGAAGAGACUAUACGUCCUACCGUCUACCCGAGGCAGGGGGAUAGCACGGGAGAGGGGUUAUGACGAGAUGAAACUCGACACUCUGCGACACAUGCGUGCUCCUAUUGAGCUGUACCGGAGUUUGGGGUUUAAGGAUAUUGACAAGUACUACGAGACACCCCUUGAUGACACGGUGUUCCUGGGACUGGAGUUGUAG